AGCAAAAUUACUCACAGCAUAAGAAUGGAAUGAUCAAUCAGAUUAGGAGCAAUUCCUUACCAUGCUGCCUUACCCACUGUAAGUAACAUAAGGUGCGUUUGAUAAUCCACUCCAGACCGCCGAAAAAUUUAUUAGCAGGAAACGAAAAUAUUUCGAGGUUAGGAACACAACUGACAGAAAGUAUGAUGAAAAGCAGAUGAAGUUUGAAAACAGUAACGUACAAGUAUAGAAAAGAAUUUGUUCGGUGUGAUGAAGCAGUUUGAAUUUUGUUGGUUUCAACGGGACGAAUUAAAAAUUAACAGUCAGUGAGUUAAACCAGACUGACUGACAAUAUUUGACAAAUUUUAUUAAUCGAAUAUUUGGGUACUUAAGAAGAACCAAAAAAUGAUUGUGAAACUGGGCAAGCUGGUAAGCUGCAGUUCGGAACACCCGUCAUUCCCGGCAAGGAAUUUGUGCGAACAUCGCUCGGGCAGCAUCGGGUCUCUGACCUGGCUCUGCGAGGAGCCAGGAAUCAAGGAGUCAGAAGCAAUAUUUGAGCUGGCAGAGCCGUCGCAGAUAACAGGAGUCGACAUAGGAAACUCACGGUGCUGCUCGGUGAAGAUCGCCGGGGCAAGUAGCAAUGCUCCAGAGGAGUGGGUGAUAAUUGUGAGCCAUACCUUUAUGUCUUUCAACGAUGCAGACCACGGUCUGUUCAAAGACCAGGUACAGCUGUUUACAAAAAAGGAAAUCAGUGCGGAGGUUCUCAACAGGGUUUUCAAUAGGGUGAAGGUGACUUGCUCGCAGCCAGCAAACCCCAGAGUUCUCUUCGGUCUCUCGUUCCUGAUUUUGCGCACAGACGAUAAGUUGGACUCUGGAAACCUAGACACUUUUGGCAGGUUCAAGGUCAAGGAGGACAAAGGCGACAACAGUUUAGACAAAUUCAAGGAAAAAUACAUUCAACUGAUGAAGCCUAAGCCUAAUAGUUUCAAGGUGGAACUCGCCAAACAGAUCGAGAGCAAUCGCGUUGUCGCUGUCAAUGAGAAAAGAGAUGAAACUCCAAGCCGUAAAAGACCCUCUCUUAAAUUAAUAACUCCGGCGAAUGCCGCAAUUGAUGAAAAUGAAUCAACUGAGACGGACAAAAAACAUGUGAUCAAAAAACGGAGACUGUCGGACAAAGAUGAAAAACCGAUGGAAAGUUCUUCUAAACAACACUCCAUUGGCAUUUUGCAAGAGACACGAACAACGAUGUCAGAAAGCAUAAAUCGAGGCAGACUGAGGUGUUCAUUGUGCUUGGGUAAUGAGGAGAAUGUCUUGUGCAAGACUUGUAAUUUACUAGUACCUGAUAAAGACCAGGCAAAUGGAGCUUCAAGGCAAAAACCAGCCAAACCUAAAAAGCCCGUUAAGAAUUUUAGUGCCCUGUUCGAAAAUGUGACCUUUUCUCUCAGUGGAUAUCAAAAUCCAAAACGGGAUGAAAUAAGGCGAAAAGCACUCGCCAUGGGAGCCAAAUACCUUGUUAAUCCUAAUGGGCGAAAUCACAAUUGUACGCACUUGGUUUGUGCUUUUAAGAAUACACCAAAGUAUAAUCAGCUGAAGGGAAGUGUUAAAAUCAUUGAUCAACAGUGGGUGGAGGAUUGCUACGAUAAGAAAACGAGAUUUCCGUGGAGGCGAUACGCUCUUGACAAGGAAGAAAAAGACCUGCCAGAAAGCGAGGAAGAAGUGGAUGCUGACAAAGGAUCUACAGACCCACUUAGCAUAUACGACCAGGAUACAGACUCAGAUUAUUAAAAACUGAAGCUGACAUAAUGAAGAAAACAUGUUUCAUAUGUUGUAUCUACAAAUAUAUAUUAGUAUAUUUCUUUUGAAA